GGGAUUUUGGUAACUUUGAAGUAAAUUCAGGAAGUUUUAUCAGUUUCUUCAAUUUUUCCCCCCUAUUUUCCGGCUCAACUCUCAAAAUUAUCACACCCUUGGAUUCUGCCACCAUUUUCAUUAAAGUUUAGUUCCCCCUCAGUGUUCUAGGUCUCUAAAUUAGCCAGUGUUUAUAUGGUGUGAACGUCCCAGUAGGUACGACUGGAAUAGCAUAUCUAAUUCAAUAAAUUUAGAAAAUGAUAAAACUCUUUUCCCUAAAACAACAAAAAAAGGAUGGUGAACCAACUCCUCGAUCUGGAAACCAAAAGAAAGCUUCUGCUGCUCAACUUAGAAUAACGAAAGACAUCAAUGAACUUAAUUUGCCGAAAACUUGCAACACAGAGUUUCCAGAUCCGGAUGACUUGCUUAACUUCAAAGUUAUCAUUUGCCCAGAUGAAGGUUUCUACAAAGGAGGAAAGUUUACGUUUAGCUUUAAAGUAGGACCAAAUUAUCCUCAUGAGCCUCCGAAAGUAAAGUGUGAGACGCCUGUCUAUCACCCAAACAUCGAUCUAGAAGGAAAUGUCUGUCUCAACAUUUUAAGAGAAGACUGGAAGCCAGUUUUAACCAUAAAUUCAAUUGUUUAUGGGCUGCAAUACUUAUUUUUGGAACCGAAUCCGGAAGAUCCUUUAAAUAAAGAAGCUGCCGAAGUUUUGCAAACCAAUCGGAGGCUAUUUGAGUGCAACGUACAGAAAGCAUUGCGAGGAGGCUAUGUUGGCAGUAUUUUUUUUGAGCGAUGUAUGAAAUGAUUAUCCUAAAAAACGAUCUGUGAUCUUAACGGAAUUAACAAACUGUCCUCUUGACAAACGAUCAGCUUCGGUAAAAAUGCUGCAUGAUUGCCAAUUGAGUGGCAAAUCUUCUAUAAAUUCCAAAUGCGUGAAUCGGCAAAAUCAAGUCAUAUUAAUCUUGUAAAUAUUUUAUUAAUACUGUCUAGAGAUAUUAUUUCCAUUAUUUGUAUUCGUUUAUUUGUUUUUAUUCAUUUUUUCCAAUAACUCCCUCUCCCCCCUUUUUUUGUAUCAUUUUCUUAGAAUUUUUGUUGCUCGGCAAAUUCCACAGAAUUCACCAACUGACAGACUCGAUGAAACUUGAACGAACAGUUUUGGUCAGAAAUGUGUUUACUCAUGACAUGUAUGUGAAAAGUAUCUUGCAUACGCUGCCCUUUGAGGAAUUAUCUCUCUGUGUUGUUGUUUCUUUUUAGAGAAGAUAAAAACGUGUCUUUGUAAUUACUCAAUCCCUCUAAUUUUUAUAACAACCUGCCCCUUCAUUUUUUAAUUUUUUUUUCUCUCUUUUUGAAAUUUUAAUGUCAAAUAAAAGCUAUUCAAAAAA